AUGGCUCUUUCAUCAGUCCUUAGUGACGCGUUGUCCGUUAUCGCCGAGCCGAGCUUUGACGACCCCAUCCUCCAAUGCGACAACCUUCACCUUCAAGAUCUUCUCUUCAACGACACUGAGAAAGCACUUGAGCUUGCCAACUCAAAACUACACUCCUUUCCAUUUAAGGAUGUGCACAUCUGCUGGCAUCGACUCUACACUGACGCGUCUAUCAUCAAGGCCUGCGUCAUAAUCAUCACGAAAUGCGGCCUGAUCUCCAAAGCCAGAUUUGAAACCCAGCACCUAGUUGUCUCACAACUCAUUCAAGACAUAAAGAAUGCAGCAACUGAGCCGAAGCUCUCUGCCGACGCGCCAUGGCUAUCAGAUAUCGUGGCAAUCCUUGAUAAUGUCUUGAUCAUGUCUGGAGCCCCCCUCCGCGAGAGGCUGGUCGAAUCCUUGUUGUCCACGCUGCAGGCAGCUACAGAAUCCACGAAAUUCGAAUGCGACGACACUGGUAGUCCGGAUAUCCUCCUACUGCGAAGCGCAGAAAAUUCUCGCCUCCUCUCUUCCCUCCAAAUGCGAUCCGUGAACCCGAUCUGGAACGUCCGGUCCCGCGUUUAUCGGCACCGUCGUUCGAUUCCAUCGAACACCACAUUCAAAACAUCCGCACCCCACUGGUGA